UAUUUUUUUGAAGGUGGAAACUCACUGGCAACAGGAUCGACUGAUUAGAUGCAUAAGAACAGAAGCGGCAUUUGAACACUUGGAUAUGGAGAGGUUGUUUGCACUAGAACCCUUGGUUUUGGUCUUCUGCUUGGUUUCAUGUACCACGAAUAGCCAGCAAUGUCAGUACAGCCUUACAAAGAGAGGAGAUGGAGGAAUUUCCUAUGUGGUAAAUAUCAGUCCUUCCACUGACCAAAUAUACACAAUCAGGAUAAGGGAUAAGCACAAUGAGAUCCGUGUCCAACAAAUAUCUAAGCAAACUCCCUUUGAAAUACCGUUUGAAUGGUUAAAACCAUGCACUGUGUACACCGUCAAUGUGGAUGAAUGCAUAUCUGAUGGAAGAAUGACUUUUACCUCCAGUGAAAAUGGAGAAACUGUUCCAAAAACUGUUGUGGAAACCUUAACAGAUAAUGAAGUGUGUCUGAAAGGAGAAUUCACUGAUGUUCAAUGGAAUCUGAUUGAAUGUGUUAAAAUAACAGAGCAAAACUCUUGCACAUCCACACACACCAUUGUACUGGACACAUGUAACUACACAAUGAAUGUUGAUAUGCCCCCAGUCAAACCUGAAAUACACUUCAAUGCAACUGUUCCCUCUCAGUUUGAAUGGACUAAUAAACCUGCACAAUGUAAUCCUGUGCUUAAAGUCGUUUGCACCCAUGGCAAUGGGAAAGAGAUUUAUCGUUUAGAUGACAAAGUGUUAUUAUCACUCAACGAACAGUACACCUGCAUUGGAGAAUACCCUUAUCAGAAACGACUCAUCAAGAGUAAUGCACUCUCCUUUCAAAUACCAUGUGAUUGGCAAAAGAAUGGACAAUUUGAGAACAGCACCAGCACCUCAUUUAAAAUAUCCUGGAAUUCACUUGAGGGAGAUCAAUGCUCAGGGAUUAUAUGGGAAAGUUUAUCAGCCAGCUGCAAACCCCGUGAUGGUGUUGGAUACAGUCAAUGGGUGAACUGUGUAAAACACAGCGGCACUAGCACAAACUGCUUUCUUAUAAAUUUAUUGCCAUAUACAAACUAUUUAUGCAGUAUUAAUGGACAAGUCAAUGGAAAAGAUUAUGAAAUUUUCAAUGGUGUGAAGAAAACACUUUCUGACAAGCCCAUUUUCAAUUCACGUAUUGAUGUAACUCACUCUGAUGACAAUUCUCUUGAAAUAAAAUGUGAUAAAAGGGAACCACAGAUAAUCUGGAAUGGAGGAAAGGGAACAUUCAAGGCUGAAAUCACAUACAAUGGAGAAACUAUCUCUAAAACCAGUGACACAUGCUCGUUUACGUUUUCAGAUCUUUCCUAUCUUACAAAUUAUGAUUUGAAG